CGCCGCAAAAGCCUUAAACCCUCCAUCGACCUCUGCUAACCCCUGACGCAGCCAUCAACGUCCGUAUUCUCACACACACGGAGCAUGGAGCGACCUCAGAAGUCUCACAGGUCUCGUCAAUCUGGUCCUUCCGCCAAGAAGAAAUCUGAUACUGAUAAGAAGAAACGCGACCUCACCGAAGAGAAGAAGCAAAACCCUAAGGCAUUUGCCUUCAAUUCGACAGUGAAAGCUAAGCGCCUACAGUCACGUGCUUCGGAGAAAGAGCAGCGUCGUCUCCACAUCCCUACCAUUGAUCGUACUACAGGAGAACCUGCUCCUUAUGUUAUUGUUGUGCACGGGCCACCUCAGGUUGGAAAGUCUCUACUUAUAAAAUCUCUUGUUAAGCACUACACCAAGCAUAAUAUACCAGAUGUACGAGGUCCACUUACCAUCGUAUCAGGUAAGCAAAGGCGGCUACAAUUUGUGGAAUGCCCAAAUGAUAUCAAUGGUAUGAUUGAUGCCGCAAAAUUUGCUGACCUGGCACUGCUGCUUAUUGACGGGAGCUAUGGUUUUGAAAUGGAAACAUUUGAGUUCCUUAACAUUUUGCAAGUUCAUGGAUUCCCCAAGGUUAUGGGUGUUCUUACACACCUUGAUAAGUUCAAGGAUGUUAAGAAACUCAAAAAGACGAAGCAGCGGCUUAAGCAUCGGUUCUGGACUGAGAUAUAUGAUGGGGCCAAAUUAUUCUAUUUAUCUGGUCUUAUUCAUGGAAAGUAUGUCAAACGUGAGAUUCAUAAUCUUGCAAGGUUCAUUUCUGUUAUGAAGUUUCAUCCUCUGUCUUGGCGAACCACUCAUCCUUACAUCCUGGUCGACCGUCUCGAAGAUGUCACAGCCCCAGAUAAAGUGUCCACGAAUAAGAAGUGUGAUAGGAACGUGACGUUGUAUGGUUAUUUGCGUGGUUGCAACAUGAAAAGAGGAACCAAGGUGCAUAUUGCUGGCGUCGGAGAUUAUAAUGUAGCUGGUGUAACAGGGCUAGCUGAUCCUUGCCCUUUACCUUCUGCUGCAAAAAAGAAGGGGUUACGUGACAAAGAGAAGCUGUUUUAUGCACCUAUGUCUGGAGUGGGGGAUCUUUUAUAUGAUAAGGAUGCUGUUUACAUAAAUAUUAAUGAUCACUUUGUGCAGUUCUCUAAAGUUGGUGAUGAAGAUGACAAUGCACGAAAAGGAGCGGAGAGGGAUGUAGGCGAGGUUCUUGUAAAAUCACUUCAAAACACACAAUAUUCAGUUGAUGAGAAGUUGAAUAAAAGUUUUAUCAACUUUUUCAGUCAAACAAGUAACAAUCCAGGAAAAGUUAUGAAUGGUGAUGAACAAGACGAUGAAGAUCAUGUAAAACAUAAGAACUCCAUAGAACCUAUGGAGGAACCUGAUACUGUUGGUUCUGAUGAGGAUAGUGAUGGUGAAGAUGUAGAUGACUUGGAAGAAGCUAAAAACCCUCAUGAAAAUUCAACUACAAAAACUUUUGGUGACAGCCCUGAACUAAAAGAUAAUCAGCAGGAACGUGCACGAAAUAACAUUGAGGAAGAAGUUGAGUUCCAUAAGGGAAGAAUGAGGAGAAAAGCAGUCUUUGGAAAUGAAAGCAAGCUUGAUGAUCAAGAGUUGCAGGCCACUGAUGAUGACGAGGAAGUAGAAGACGAUAAUUCAGAUGAAGAAUCAUCUUCGUAUUCAGAUUCUUCUGGGGAAGAGGAAGAAGAUGAUCUAGAAGAGAAUGUGGGAAAUGCUUCCAAAUGGAAAGAAUCAUUAGUUGAGAGGACAAUAUCAAGGCAGAACAUGAAUCUUAUGCAACUUGUGUAUGGGCAGUCUGAAUCCAAACCAAAUGCUUCUCUUCGUGAAGACAGUGAUGCAGAGGAAAGUGACGAUGAAGAAUUUUUCAAGCCCAAAGGUGAAGAAAACAAGAAAUUAAGGCAAGGCUUGGAGGGAGAUCAAGUGAAUACCGAAGAUAGCUCAAAAUUCACCAACUACGCUAGCGUAAGGGACUGGAAAGAUGGAGAAACAGUUGAAAGCAUCCGUGAUCGUUUUGUAACCGGAGAUUGGUCAAAGGCUGCUCGGAGAGGCAAAGCCACCGAGGUGGACAGUGAGAAUGAUGAUGAUGGUCCUGUAUUUGGUGAGUUCGAAGACUUGGAAACCGGCGAGAAGCAUGAAGGUGAUCAAACAGGCGAAGCUAAUGAGGAGCCUGACUCUGCUGCUGAAGAGCGGAGGCUUAAAAAGCUAGCUCUUCGUGCAAAAUUUGAUGCUCAAUAUAAUGGGUCUGAAUCACCUGACGAAGCUGAUGACAACAGCCACAAAGGCAAGGAUAACAAUGGCCAAGCUAAUGAAGGUGGUUUUCUCGACAAGUUGAGGGAGGAAGCUGAACUUCAAAGGCAAAGGAAUAUAGCUGAACUCACCGAUCUGGAUGAGGCCACACGGGUAGACAUAGAAGGUUACAGAACAGGAACUUACCUUCGAUUGGAGAUUCAUGAUGUUCCUUAUGAAUUGAUCGAACAUUUUGAUCCCUGCCAUCCUAUUCUUGUUGGUGGAAUCGGCUUCACAGAGGAAAACGUUGGGUAUAUGCAGGCAAGGUUUAAGCGUCAUAGAUGGCACAAAAAGGUUCUGAAGACUAAAGAUCCUAUAAUUGUUUCUAUUGGAUGGAGGCGCUACCAAACUCUACCUAUAUAUGCCAUUGAGGACCUCAAUGGGCGUCAUCGUAUGCUCAAGUAUACUCCUGAACACAUGCAUUGCCUUGCCAUGUUUUGGGGCCCGCUUGCACCUCCAAACACUGGGGUUGUGGCUGUGCAGAAUUUGUCAAAUACUCAGGCAUCAUUUAGAAUCACGGCAACUGCAGUUAUUCUGGAGUUUAACCAUGCUGCAAAAAUUGUUAAGAAGAUAAAGCUAGUUGGCGAGCCCUGCAAGAUUUAUAAGAAAACAGCACUUAUCAAAAAAAUGUUCACUUCUGAUCUUGAAGUAGCUAGGUUUGAAGGUGCAUCUAUUCGUACCGUUAGUGGAAUUCGUGGGCAAGUAAAGAAGGCUGGAAAGAUAGAGCUUGGUAAUAAGCCUAAAAAGAACGGAGGACAACCUGAAGAUGGGAUAGCUAGGUGUACAUUUGAGGAUAAAAUUUUGAUGAGUGAUAUUGUUUUCCUGCGUGCUUGGACUCAAGUUGACGUCCCGUGCUUUUACAACCCUCUGACAACAGCAUUGCAAGCCCGUGGUGAGACGUGGCGUGGAGUGAGAACGGUUGGAGAGUUAAGGAGAGAAUAUAAUCUUCGAGUUCCUGACAACAAAGAUUCCCACUACAAGCCGAUAGAAAGGCCGUUAAAGAAGUUCAACCCUGUUAUUGUUCCCAAGUCAUUGCAAAGUGCACUUCCGUUCCGCUCGAAACCCAAGGACACCAAGUCAAAGAAAGAUGGAAGAGCUGUUGUCGCUGAACCACAUGAACGAGAUGUUCAUAAACUUCUCCAGCAUCUGCAACUGAUUAGGCAUAACAAGAUGAAGCAGCAGAAACUGAAGAAGCAGGAGAAGAAGAAAAAGCAUGACACGGAGAAAGCGAAAGAAGAGGUGGUGAAUAAAAAACGUCAGCGAGAAGAAAGGCGAGAGAGGUAUCGAACCCAAGACAAGCUACAGAAGAAAAUGCGCAGAGACUGAGUUGAGUUACAUUUACUUUGAGGUGGGUUGGCAUUUUUGUUAGUUGUGUAACAAUGUGAUAGAUGAAAGAUGAGAUGUUUUUUUUUAAUGAUAAUUUAGCAGGCUAAAAGCUUUGCAAGGAAGUUUAUAUAUGAAAUUGUUCCAAUUCAUCAAUCAGCUGGCCUUUUGUAUACGUGGGAUUUUUAGCCUUUAAAAGAGGAUUGGUGUUAUGUGACAUCAUUUGUGGAAUUAAAUCAAAUUAAAUA